ACUGCUCUGACGUUGUCUCUGCAGGCAGGGAGCAGAUUCAGAGCUUCAUUUAACCUCCAUUCAUGAGAAGAUCCACCCUCAGCCUGACCUGCACGUGAAGGAUAUGUGCUGCUGUAUCUUUUCAUGCUGGUUUUGAACUUUCCUUCAGUAGAGGAGAAAAGAUGGAGCUGGACUUGGAAAACCAAAGUCUGUCUUUCAGCAGCAACACCGUGAGGCUGCAGGGGAAGCACAUAGUCCUGGGGAUGGGUGUGGAUAACUUUGUCUCCCUCCUCAUUUUCGGGCUCAUCUUCAUCCUCGGUGUGCUCGGGAACACGCUGGUGAUCACGGUGCUCGCGCGCAGCAAACCGGGACAGCCGAGGAGCACCACCAACAUCUUCAUCCUGAACCUGAGCGUGGCAGACCUGUCCUACCUCCUCUUCUGCGUGCCCUUCCAGUCCACCAUCUACAUGCUGCCCACGUGGGUGCUGGGAGCCUUCAUCUGCAAGUUCAUCCACUAUUUCUUCACCGUGUCCAUGCUGGUCAGUAUCUUCACCCUGUCCGCGAUGUCCGUGGACCGGUACGUGGCCAUCGUCCACGCCAGGAAAUCCUCCUCGAUCCGGGUGAGGAGGCACGCGCUGCUCGGAGUGGUCCUGAUCUGGAUCCUGUCUCUGGUGAUGGCAGCGCCGGUUGCGCACUACCAGAGCAUCGUGGAGAGGGAGGAUAACAACACGUUCUGCUGGGAGGUCUGGCCGGACCACCAGAGGAAGGUCUACGUGGUCUGCACCUUCGUGUUCGGAUACCUGCUGCCUCUCUGUCUGAUCUCUGUCUGCUAUGCAAAGGUGGGUGCGCGUGGAUCGGAGUGAAUAACGCGCGUAAAUCUUCUAAUCAGACUUCAGAUUAUCCAUAAUAGAAAUAAACAUGAAGUGAAUUAAUCAUUUAGCAAACUGAGUGGGCAAAACAUGAUUCAAAAUGUCAAGUUUUCGUUGAUAUUUGUGCGUAAAAACAACUUCACAGACGCAGCAUUUGGCUCAAUAUCUAUCCAAGCAGAAACACUAUAGGCUCAAUAAAAACGAAUUAAUGCUGUUUAAACCAUUUUAAAGAGAUAAUCUUUAUUUCUGAUUUAUUUCUGUGUUGUUGCAGGUCUUAAAGCAUCUGCACAAAAAGCUGAAGAAUGUCUCCAAAAAGUCCGAGCUCUCCAAAAAGAAGGUAAGUGGAUGAUAAUGGUGUGAGAAAUGCAAAAUACUCAAUUACAAAAGAGGAGAACUUUAGUUUAAGAAAAAAGCUUUUACAGUAAUGAUCAACUAUCUUAUAAUUAAAGCAAAGAUGCCUCAUAUAUGUUUGUUUUUCAGAUGAAAGCUAAAGCUCAAUCAUUUUCUUACAGACAGAAAAAAGUCUCACCAUCGGUUAGUUUGACUUUUUUAAACAAAGGCUGUACAGUAUAUUAAACUACAAAUGUCCACAAACUGUGAAGCCAAAGGAUCUAGAGCUCCCCCUAGUGGCUGCCUAAUGAACACACACUCUAAAUCUUUUUUAAAAUUACGAUCAGUCUCAUAAAAUUACAAAUGCAAAUACUAACAAAGCUCAUCAGUGAGUGUUAUCCUUGACCAAUGAGCCUUUUCUGCUCUUUAUAGCUUCAUCAUUUCUUCCAAACACGGUCACUUUUGGCUAAAAAAAGCCCCAAAUUAAAAACGUUAGCUUCCAAAACAAAUAAUUAUGGUCCUGUGUCCAAAAUAAUUUAACUGCAGGGCUGGACAGUGCAACCGUUUUACUCGCAUUUGCAAUUAAAAAUAGAUGUGUGUGAAUUGUAAAAUGUAUUACGGGGCGCCAUAAAAAUCAGCCGAAGUUUUUUCAUGUAAAUACGGCGGGGAAGUUAGUUUUCAGUUGGAUAUCCGACGGACAUUCACUGCAGAUCUAACGGUGUCUUCUCACUCUCCAGAACCGGGAAUAACAACAGCAGUGUGGUUAAACCUACUGUGUUUUUCAGUCGCACAGUAUCAGCCUGACGUUGUUUUCCUGAUUAUCUGAAAGCCUGAUCACUUGUUCCCACUCCAUCCACAGACGGCUCAGACAGUCCUGGUGGUGGUGGUGGUCUUCUGCCUGUCCUGGCUGCCUCACCACAUCGUUCACCUGUGGGUGGAGUUCGGCUCCUUCCCCCUGAACCAGGCCUCCUUCGUGCUCAGGAUGGUGGCUCACUGCCUGGCCUACAGCAACUCCUCCGUCAACCCCAUCAUCUACGCCUUCCUGUCCGAGAACUUCAGGAAUUCCUACAAGCAGGUGUUCUGGUGUCAGAUCCCCAGCAAGUGUCCGGUAAACGACACCAGGGAGCCCCGCAGCAAAGCGGAGGCUCCGCUGUCGAACAUCAGCGAGAACAUUAAAUGUCAGGACUCUCAGAUCACGAAAAAACUCUAAUGUUCGGAGAGUCUGUGGAGAGCAUCAGUGAUUCUGGAGAAAACAGAGGUAGUGUACAGACCAACACGUUGUCUCAAGAGGUCUGGGAAACUUGAUGAUCCGCCACAACGUUGACCUGAUAAAGGGAAAUGGACUGGACUGGUUCAAACUCAAAUGAGCCUCUGAAGACCGAAAGUGUGGACCAAUCCACCGAAAACAGAUGUCCUAUAAAUCCUUUGAGUCCCGUUUGCAAACGUGUUUCUAAAAAUUCUCCAAACUGAACUCAUCCAUGUUGAAAAUGUCUGAAUAAAUAAAGAAAUGUGACAAUGACCUCUUCA